UCCUCCACUCCCAUAGACUUGUUCUGGUUCAUCAUCAUCAUCAUCUUCUUCUUCUUCUUCAUUCUACCAGGCGAAGACGACGUCGUCGUCGUCGUCGUUUAGGUGUGGGAUCCGAAUCUGAUCACCUCUUGUUUCAGUAAUUUGUACUAAUUCGAUCCACUUUCAAUUCCACCCCACGGCAGACGUCCAAUUACAGCAUCAUUUAUCUCAGAAUUGCCCCUCUAGAUUUCUCAUAGUUUUCAAUCAUGUCCCUGAAUAUGAAAACCCUCACUCAGGCCUUCGCCAAGGCCUCAGCAGCGAUCGAGAAAACGGUCCAAACCACGGUCCAGGAAGUCACUGGCCUGCCCAAGCCCUUACAGGACUACGACUUGCUCGACCAGAUCGGGUCCGCCGGCCCGGGACUCGCCUGGAAGCUAUAUUCUGCUAAGUCCCGUGACGGCCGCGCGGUGUAUCCCAAUGUUUGUGUGUGGCUGCUUGACAAGAAGGCGCUGUCGGAGGCGAGGCAGCGGGCCGGGCUUUCCAAGGCUGCGGAGGAUGCGUUUUUGGAGGUUCUCAGAGCUGAUGCUUCCCGGUUGGUCAGGCUGAGGCAUCCUGGGGUUGUGCAUGUGGUCCACGCGCUUGAUGAGAGUAAGAACGCAAUGGCUAUGGUUACCGAGCCUUUGUUUGCAUCGGCCGCAAAUGCUUUGGGGAAUUUGGAGAAUCUUGAGAAAGUGCCCAAGGAGCUCAAAGGAAUGGAAAUGAGAUUAUUGGAGGUGAAGCAUGGUCUCCUACAAAUUGCAGAAACUUUGGAUUUUCUCCACAACAAUGCUCGUCUUAUACAUCGGUCUAUAGCACCUGAGACAAUUUUAAUCACAUCUAAUGGAGCUUGGAAGCUAGGUGGAUUUGGUUUCACAAUAUCUACAGAUCAAUCAUCCAGUGAUUCAGCAAAUUUGCAGGCUUUCCACUAUGCUGAAUAUGAUGUUGAAGAUUCUAUUUUGCCCCUUCAGCCAGCACUGGACUACACUGCUCCUGAACUUGUUCGAAGUAAAGCAUCUACAGUUGGAUCUGCCUCUGAUAUCUUCAGUUUUGCAUGUCUUGCCUACCACUUGGUUGCUCGAAAACCGUUGUUUAAUUGUCACAACAAUGUCAAAAUGUACAUGAAUACUUUGACAUACUUAUCCAGUGAGGCUUUCUCGUCAAUACCGCGGGACUUGGUUUCGGACUUGCAAAGGAUGCUUUCUUCUAAUGAGGCUUUGAGGCCAACAGCAAUGGACUUUACAGGGUCACCUUUUUUUCGUGAUGACACUAGGUUGCGUGCACUUCGUUUCCUGGAUCACAUGCUUGAAAGGGAUAACAUGCAGAAGACUGAGUUUCUAAAAGCAUUAUCAGACAUGUGGAAAGAUUUUGAUCCGCGUGUCUUGCGGUAUAAGGUACUUCCACCACUUUGUGCUGAGCUUCGGAAUCUGGUCAUGCAGCCAAUGAUACUUCCCAUGGUUCUUACAAUAGCAGAGUCUCAGGACAAAAAUGAUUUUGAGCUGUCUACUCUUCCAGCUCUUGUUCCUGUCCUAAAUAGUGCUGCAGGUGAGACAUUGUUGCUACUUGUGAAGCAUGCCGAGCUUAUUAUCAAUAAGGCUAGUCAUGAGCACUUGAUUUCCCAUGUUCUACCGAUGCUUGUUCGAGCUUAUGAUGACACUGAUGCUCGUAUGCAAGAGGAAGUUCUGAAAAAGACUGUAUCGCUUGUUAAGCAGCUUGAUGUUCAGUUGGUGAAGCAAGCAAUCUUGCCCCGAGUUCAUGGUUUAGCAUUAAAGACAACUGUUGCUGCAGUCAGAGUGAAUGCACUAUUAUGCCUGGGUGAUAUGGUUCACAUGCUUGAUAAGAAUGCUGUUCUAGAUGUUUUGCAAACUAUACAAUGUUGCACGGCUGUAGAUCAUUCUGCUCCAACUCUUAUGUGUACCCUUGGUGUUGCCAACUCUAUUUUGAAGCAGUAUGGAGUAGAAUUUGUGGCAGAACAUGUCCUUCCACUACUCACUCCUCUUCUGAUUGUCCAACAAUUAAAUGUUCAGCAAUUUGCCAAGUUUAUGCACUUUGUCAAGGAUAUUCUCAGGAAAAUAGAAGAAAAAAGAGGAGUAACUUUGACUGACAAUGGGAUUCCAGAAGUAAGACCAUCCCCUAUUACUGAUGGGCAUAUGCCGGGACAAGUGAAUAAAACUAGCACGGCUGCCUCAUCUAAUAUGAAGCACAGCCCAUCAUGGGAUGAAGAUUGGAUUCCGACAAGGCAAUCAUCUGCAAGUAUACCGUCAUCUGCAACAAAGGCAACAGCUCAUCCAUCUGCCUCAACUCAGUCUGUUCAGGGUACUUCAGGAUAUUUGCAGUCCACAAUGACGUCUACUGCAUCUGGUCAGUCAUCAUCUUCAUGUCCUGCAGUUGACAUAGAAUGGCCCCCACGCUCGUCCUCGUUGGGUUUGUCAACUCAAUUAGACAUCAGUGGGAAGCUAACUGAAAGCAAAACUUUGUCAGCUGCCAGUUUGGAUGAUAUAGAUCCUUUUGCCAACUGGCCUCCACGGCCUGGUGGUUCUACAUCUGCCUUUGGUUCUUCCACCAAUGGCGGGAUGGCUCUGUCAGCUAACAAAAACGGAUCAAGUUACGGUGGUGCUGCCCCUAAUGGCUUGAGCUUUCAAACAGGUAGCAGUACCUCGUGGGCCUUUAACACCGAAAGUUUAACAGAACCGAUGAGACCCAAUCAAGGGAAUUCCUCAUUGAAUACCAACAGUCUUAAUGGUGGGGGACUCAACACUCAAAAUUCACUUGGGUUCAUGAAACAAAAUCAAGGUGUUUCCAGUUACGGUGUUUCAAGUGAGAAAACAAUGGAUCUUGGAUCCAUAUUUGCUUCGAGCAAAAGUGAGCACACUGCACCAAGACUUGCUCCACCCCCAGUAACUGCUGUCGGUAGAGGGAGGGGAAGAGGGCGAGGAAAUCAGGGGCAACUUAGUGCCUCUUCAGCAUCACGAUCUAGCCACAUGAAACCUCAGUCUGAACAGCCACCCCUAUUGGAUUUGCUUUAAAUGAGGGCUCGCAUUUGUGUGAAUGCGAAGUCAGCACAGUAAUACGAGGCACGGAUGAAAAUAUGCGCAUAGUCGGUCCCACGCAAAAAGAUGUGGAAGAAUGUUUUGAUAGUUGCUGCAGUGAGAACCUGUUGUUUCCCGAGAUGAUGUAGAGAAGUAUGUGAAUUUUGCUUGUAGCAUAGUGGCCUUAUUCUGUAUACAUAUUUUUCUUUUUCAUUUCUUUUCUUUGCUCAAUUAUUGAUAUUGUUGCCAGGAUACUCUUGGUUCCGCGUCAGUGUAUUGAUCAUAAUAGACAACUCCAAAUUGGUAUACGGCCAAAUAAUGAGGAGUAAUUUCUUGGUUUUUGGUCAUUCUUAGCUGAGCAGUUUGUAUUCCUGGUCUUAUAUUUGUCGGAAGUUACUGGAGUGAGUUCGAUAGUUCA